AUGGCUGAGCACUCUGAAGAAGAAUCUACUGAAAAUAUUAUUGCAGUAGAAACUACUGCAAUUGAAGAAAAACCAGUUACUUGGAAAGAUUUGGGUCUUGUUGACUCACUUGUUAAAGCAUGUGAAGAAUUAAAAUGGCCUGCACCAACAAAAAUUCAACGUGAAGCCAUUCCUCUGUCUUUAGAAGGAAAAGAUAUAAUCGGUUUAGCAGAGACAGGAUCAGGAAAGACCGCCGCGUUUGCACUUCCCAUCCUCCAAGGAUUACUGGAAAAUCCCCAGCGGUACUAUGCGUUAGUUCUAACUCCAACCCGUGAGCUAGCGGUCCAGAUCUCAGAACAAUUUCAAGCUCUAGGAUCUGGGAUCGGAGUGUCAACAGCAGUAAUCGUCGGAGGUAUGGAAAUGAUGGCUCAGGCUUUGAUGCUGAUGAAAAAGCCCCACGUAAUAAUCGCAACACCCGGAAGAUUGCUCGACCACAUAAAAAACACGAAAGGCUUCAACUUGCGUUCUUUGAAGUACCUCGUGAUGGACGAGGCUGACCGAAUACUUAAUCAAGAUUUCGAGAAAGAGCUUGAUGAAAUUCUGCGGGUGAUUCCGCGAGAAAGGCGCACGCUCUUGUUCUCAGCUACGAUGACUAAGAAAGUAAACAAGCUCCAGCGUGCUUCUCUGAGGAAUCCAGCCAGAGUUGAGGUCUCUGAAAAGUACCAAACAGUAAAGACACUUGACCAAUAUUAUCUCUUUAUUCCUGCCAAGUUUAAGGACGUUUAUCUCGUUCACAUUUUAAACGAACUUGCGGGUAAUAGUUUCAUGGUUUUCUGCGCUACGUGCAAUAAUGCUGAGCGUACUGUAUUAUUACUCCGUACUUUGGGAAUGUUGGCGAUUCCGCUUCAUGGUCAGAUGUCUCAGCACAAACGAAUAGCGGCUUUGACCAAAUUCCAAGCUAAAAAUCGAUCAAUUCUUGUGUCUACUGAUGUUGCUAGCAGAGGUCUAGAUAUUCCUCACGUAGAUGUUGUAAUUAAUUUCGACAUACCGACUCACAGCAAAGAUUAUAUUCAUCGUGUUGGUAGAACAGCUCGUGCUGGUAGAUCUGGACGAUCUAUUACUUUUGUUACUCAGUAUGAUGUUGAGUUGUAUCAAAGAAUUGAAGAACUUAUUGGAAAAAAACUUCCUGAGUAUAAGGCUGAACAAAAUCAAGUUAUGGUGCUUCAGGAACGUGUCGCUGAAGCUGAGAGACAAGUUAAAAAGGAACUGAGAGAAAGAGAAAUUAAUAGAUCUGGCAAAAGGAAAAAACAUUCUGCUGAAGAUGGUGAUGAUGAUGAUACCGAACAAUCGGUAGGUGUUCGUAAUCGAUUCAAAGGAAAAAAGCAUAAUAACAAACGUAGAAAGUAA